GUACGAGCUACGACAAGAGCAGCCCUUGGCAGAUGCCGAGUUGAACUGGUUCAGCACGCAGUCUGCCCUCAAGGUGUAUGGGGCCUACCUCUUCCUGGAUGUCGACCAGAACGGAAUGCUCAGCAAAACGGAGCUUAGCCGCUUUGGCAGUGGAAUGCUGACGGACGUUUUCGUCGACAGGGUGUUCGAGGAGUACCAGACCUACCGCGACGCGGAAACCGGCGAGCGGGAGAUGGAUUACAAGACCUUCUUGGACUUCGUCCUGGCCAUGGAGAACAAGAACACCCCCCAG